ACAACGAAAUUAGAAACUGUGAUUAUAUUAAAAUGGUUGCAAUAUAAGAAGUGAUACAAUUGAAACAUGGGCAACACCAACUCUGGACAGAGUCAUCACCGCCAAAACAGCAAGAGUAGAAAAUGUAGAAGUUUACCGACGUCACCUGAAGUCAGGAGACAAGUAUCGGUGCUGCAGACGUCCAUUCCUCUGCCUGCAUCAGCGGCGGCGGUGCGUCGAGCGCCUCCCGACAAAAGACCACUACCAGCCACUCCCGGGCAUGCAGGUAGCAAGACUGGUUUAUCAGCCAGCUCGAGUCGUUCUACAAGUCCUCUUGGGCAAGGAGCAGUCAGUUUUAUACCGCGAGUUCCAACUUCUUCAUCUGGAUCUCGUCCCAACUCAUCACUUCUUGCACCCGGGAGUAAAAUACCCUCGACAAUAACACAAGCAUCAACUCAUCAAACUCAAGCCAGCCAUAAUGGUACUCCCACUAAACAGUCUAUGCUUGAUAAGCUAAAACUUUUCAACAAAGACAAAAUUAGUGCAGAAAAACAGAACAACAAAAGUAGUGCCGUUUCUAAACGUACAAGUUCCUCAAGUGGUUUCUCGUCAGCAAAGAGCGAGAGAUCCGAUUCUAGUUUAAGCCUGAAUGAGUCUUCAAAUACUCCUAAUACACAUAUCAAAUCAUCUCAUCUAAUCGGUCCUAAAACAAUAAGACAGCAGAAUGAUACACUGUCAAAGGAUAAAACAGGAAAGAAUGUUAAAUCUAAAUUAGUUAGUUCUAAAUCUCCAAAAGAUUCGUCCUUAAACCUAACCAAAAGCAAUAGUAAAACAAGUAAUAAUGAAAAGACAAGAAAUAGCCCUAAGCUCCCAGCACGAGAUAAAGAAUCUAAAUUAGCUGCACCAAAAUCUGUUAGCAAUAAUAAAUUAAAUCAAAUUGACGAUCAAGUUCGGUGUUCCAAAACGAAAGCGGAUUCAAAGAUGGUCAAAUUAUCUGGUAGUCAAAUGAAACUCAGUGAAUCAAGAACUGAAAAUCCACACGAUCCCAGAGGAUUUGAAAAUUCUACCCAUCAAAAAACUCCACCAAAUCAUGUUCAAGCUUGCGCCGGAAUAAACGCCGGAAUGCCAAAUCAAACCGGUAUUCCUAAACCUACAGCUGCAGUAAAAGGAACCUUUAAAAUAUCUAAAGAUGACAGACAUAUUUUAAAUAAAAGUACAAAUAGUCAACUAAGUCCGAUACAAAGUAAUUCUAGUUUAAAUUCUACUAAUAAUGUAAGUGCCCUUCCAUUUAAUAGAGAGCCAUCUUGUGUAGCAAAGGAUACUAUGCAAAAACAGACAUUGGCAGUAUCGCCUAUGCCCGUGGUUAAUUCUACUAACCAAAAUAAUACUUCGCAAAUGUCUGAAAGCUCGCAUUCUAAUUCCACGCAUAGUACAACGGGACAGCAUUCAAACUCCAGUGACAGUAGCAGUGUUAUAUAUCGACCUUCGAGUGAAUCAGGAUCUGAAAUGUCUAAAACUAUAACUCACAACGUACACACUAAUAAAAGAAUAGACAUGAAUACCACGUAUAUAAACGACGUUAUAAAUGAAGCUGAAAUAUCCGAAAAAGAAGCUGCACAAAGACGACAUUUUGGUAAAUCUGAUACAAAACAAAAUUACGAUCCAAAUCAAACGCUGACUGAAAUAAAUAAGAGGCUUGAUAACGAAAGUAGAUCCAGCACACCCUCGCAUUGUCGUGAUAAUUCUUUAGGAGAUGAUGAAAAUCCUAUGAUGAAUGUUUUGCCUAUGAGACCUUUGCUACGCGGCUAUAAUAGUCACUUGACUCUUCCUAUGCGAACAUCAGGAUUAGCUCAGAAAAACAUUCCCGGAUAUCCUCAUCAUGCUAAUACUGUGAAAGCCAAUUUCGGGCGCGAGAACGUUGGAUUACGUGAACGCUUAAACUAUGGACCAGGGUUUUCAAAUCCUGAUUAUUGUGAUCUCGAAAUUGCUUCCGGAUAUAUGUCGGAUGGAGAUUGCUUGCGAAGGAUCAAUGCUGGAGAAAUGGACUGUGGUCGAAGCAACGAUAUAAUGGACGGAUAUAUGUCAGAAGGUGGAGCAUCACUGUACGGGCGGCGCAUGAACUAUCAGCAGCCUUCACAAUUGCAACAACUGGACGAAAGGCGAAGCGGUGGUCGCAAUAGAGGCAUGGAGAGUGGAAGUGGCGUGGUGUACAGAGUGGUGGGUCGUACGCGAAGCAAGGCCGACUGUGGUCAGCAAACGGAGCGUCAGCCUUCUGUACCACGGCAAGACACUACGUGGAAGAAAUACACUGACUCGCCUGGCGUUGGAGCUCCGCAAUUGAAUCAACCACCGACUCCUCCGAGUCCAUCUCAUGGGCGUAAAGGUGAGAGGCGUACCGGUCACCACUCGCCUCAACACCACAAAAGAGAAAAGCUAACAGCAGCCCAACAACUUGGCAUUGCGCCUCACCCGCAGUACGCCGCCUCGUCUUCGAGUCCUUCUAGUCAACAUUCAUCGAGAGCCGGCUCGCAGCUCCAUUCGCCGAGCGGAGGGUCCAGACCGUCCAGUGCGGCAGGGAACGGCAGCUGUUCGUCGGGCAAAGGGAAGACUCCUCAGAGCUUUGGAUACGUGAAGAGGCAGAAUGGAGUCCAGCAGCAGACCACACCGCAACCCAACGGCCCACCACCCCAACACGGACAUAGUGGUCGUACGGCUCAAGUUUCCGCGGUUCCUAGAACAAAAGUCAAGGUAUCGGGAGGAACACAGACAUGCACGCAAGACUUACAAAUUCAUAAAAAUGGUAUCGGUCCCAAGUCUUACUCUUUGGGCGGGACUGCGGCUGCGCAACUCUCGGCAUCAGUACGAGAACGGUUGCUCGGCUCGCAGAGUCUACCGAAACCUGGAACACACGAAUUCGCCGCUCUAUUCCACCAUCAUAGGAUUCCUCCGAGAGGCGGGAUGAAGAUUAGUGAUGGAAGCCUUUCGGACACUCAAACCUACUCCGAAGUUAAAUCAGAUUAUGGGAUACCAUACGCACCGUGGCUGAGACACAGCAACACGUAUUCGGCGAGCGGUCGCCUGUCCGAGGGAGAGUCGAUGGAGUCGCUCACGUCGCUGCACUCGGCGCAACACAACCACACAUCCUCCCCUAACUCACACCACCGCAGCUCACUCACACACAAUAAGCUCAUCAUGCAUCGUGACGCACAGGGCUCCAGGCUAAACAGGAGCAACAGUAUUAGGUCAACGAAAUCUGAGAAAUUGUAUCCAUCGAUGCUUCAAAGAUCAUCGGAAAGUGAUUAUGAACCGUAUUAUUGUUUGCCGGUGCAAUAUGGACCGUCUGGACAAGGUCUAAGCUACGGCGUCUCGGAACCACCUUCGCCGUCUCCAAGAUCAGCACUCAGUCCCACGCAUCAGCCUGCUAACGUGUUGCAUACGCCGAGGCACUCGCAUCACUAUCCCAAGAAGAACGAUGAUGUUCAUGGUUCGACUGCAUCAUUAGUUUCGACUGCUUCGUCACUUGCCACUGGCGCUGGCGCCGAUGAGAGGCACGCACACGAGGUACGUAAUGUGAAAGUACGGAAGUUAAGAAGAGAACUAGCUGACGCAAAAGAUAAAGUGCACACGCUGACCACACAACUAACGACAAACGCACACGUGGUGUCAGCCUUCGAACAGAGUUUAUCCAACAUGACCCAGCGCUUGCAGCAGCUCACAGCGACUGCCGAGAGAAAGGACUCUGAAUUGACGGAGCUACGGCAGACAAUCGAGUUGCUUCGAAAACAGUCAAUACAAGCUGGGCUGACGACCGCGCACAUGCAGUCCAUGGGAAUCAGAGCCGAUGGUGUUAACGUAACAGGACAGGAUCCUCCGACACAAACGCAACAGUCGUCACCGCAACGCAGCGCACAAACCGGUAAUGGCGCCAUCACAAGGCAUCUGUCAACCGACAGUGUCUCAAGUAUCAACAGUCUAAGCAGUGGGUCUUCAGCGCCACAUGACAAGAAGCACAAAAAGAAAGGAUGGCUUCGGUCAUCGUUCACCAAAGCGUUUUCAAGAAACGCGAAGAUAUCGAAGACGGCCAAACAUUCAUCGCUCGGACAGCUGUCGUCUCAAGACAGUUCGUCCGGCUCGCAUCACUAUGACGACCCUCACACAAUCAGAGAGGGUAGUAACGAGAACAGUCUAGAACAUUCGCACGAAGCGUUACCUGAAACGAAGGACAAAACUGCUCCCGCCAAAACCGAUGAACAGACCAAAGAAAAAGACGAAUCAGUUUUGGUGGACGAAUUGAAACGGCAGUUGCGAGAGAAAGAUUUGGUGCUAACUGAUAUACGAUUGGAGGCUUUAAGUUCUGCACAUCAGUUGGAGAGUCUAAAAGACACUGUCAUAAAGAUGAGGAAUGAAAUGUUAAAUCUAAAACAAAAUAACGAGCGACUUCAAAGACUAGUCACAUCCCGGUCUUUGGCUGGAAGCCAGAGUUCCCUGGGUACUGGUGGUUCGGCCGUUGAAGAUCCGAGGAGAUUCAGUUUGGCUGAUCAAAGUACAAUGCAUCAGGCUUCGAUAGACAUUCACUCUCAGCCUCUCGAUCUAGACUUCAUGAGCACAACAGCCGCUUUAGACUACAAGAAAGGCUCCCCCACAUCAAUAGAACCAAUAUACGGGAAUAAGGCAGUCUGCGAACUAAAUGAGAACAGCGAGACUCUAUUGGGUCCUUUGAAUGGAUCCAGCGACUUGUUCGCUAAUGGACUCAAUCCAGCUGAUAGAUUGAGUGGGGACUACGAUAUUAACAGUGUACUACCACCACCGAAGAGUAGAGAACUUGCCAUCGGAGAAAGCUACUCAGAUAUUGGUGUAGCAGACAGUCAAGGUGACACGACUGAUGGGAAAAAGAUUGCGAUAGCUGUUUAUUUAGGUCAACCGGAAACAUUCCAAAGAUACUUCGAGGAAGUGCAGGACACGCUCACAGAGUCCGAAUGCAGGUUCUACGCGAAGCAAAUGGGUAGCGGCUUCGGGAACCACUUCGACAAACAACCGAGCUUCGACUCGCCGAGAAUGUCCCAAAACCACAGUCCGGACGUCGAAAACCAAGACUACCCUCAAAUGAAUAAAUCGAACACGAAUAGCCUUAAGAGCAACAAAUCGACGCACAGUAGUUCGUACAAAAACGUUUACAACAGUGACUCGACAAUAAACUGCAAUGAGUACGUCAUAGCCUACACAUACAUCUCGGGCAAGACUACUUGGCAGAACUUAGAUUAUAUAGUUAGGAAAUCGUUUAAGGAUUACUUGUCUAGGAUAGAUUUGGGAACGAAUCUUGGUUUGAACACGGAUUCUAUUACGUCUUAUCACCUGGGAGAAGCGACUCGAGGUCCUGAAAUCGGAUUUCCAGAGUUGUUGCCAUGCGGAUACAUAGUGGGAACUGUGAACACGCUGUAUAUAUGCUUGCAAGGAGUCGGGAGUCUGGCUUUCGACAGUCUCAUACCAAAAAAUAUUGUAUAUAGAUAUGUAUCACUGUUGUCGGAGCACAGACGAGUUAUUCUCUGCGGACCGAGCGGCACUGGCAAGUCGUAUCUAGCCGCCAAACUUGCUGAGUUCUACGUCCAGAAAACGCAGAGACGAGGCAAUCCUGCCGAAGCUGUUGCGACUUUCAAUGUCGAUCGGAAAUCGUGUAACGAGCUGCGUGCGUAUCUAGCGAACAUCGCCGAACAGUGCACCGCAGCGGCGACCGGCGAGGAAGCGCCGCUACCUUCUGUCGUUGUGCUCGACAACUUGCAACAUGCGUCUGCUUUGGGAGACGCUUUCGCCGGACUUUUGCCGCCCGACAAUAGAAACAUGCCUGUCAUUAUAGGAACAAUGUCUCAAGCGACGUGUAAUACAACUAAUCUCCAACUACACCACAACUUCAGGUGGCUCCUCACUGCAAAUCAUAUGGAACCGGUCAAAGGAUUUUUGGCUAGGUACCUGCGUCGGAAACUAUUCUCGCUGGAGUUGCGACUCGGCAGAAGGGAGCCAGCUUUGGCUACGGUGUUAGAAUGGCUGCCAGGAGUUUGGUCCACGUUGAACGCAUUCCUAGAAGCACACUCCUCAAGUGACGUCACAGUGGGACCCAGGUUGUUCCUAGCCUGUCCCAUGGACUUGGAAGCUAGUCAGGCGUGGUUCGCGGACGUGUGGAAUUACAGCAUAGUGCCGUACGCUUCGGAAGCAGUCCGAGAAGGGGUCGCGUUGUACGGUCGGAGGAGACACGCUGCGGUCGAUCCCUUGCAACACAUAAAAGCAUCUUAUCCUUGGAGAGAACCAAACCAUUCCCAUACACUACGACCUAUCACCGUAGACGAUGUCGGUGGCGAAGAGUCUAGUCAAGAUGCGACAGCUAACAACAAUCAAGACCCAUUGCUAAACAUGCUAAUGCGGCUACAAGAAGCGGCUAACUACAGCGGGAACCAAAGCCAAGACUCUGACAACGCCAGCAUGGACUCGAAUCUCACUCACGACAGCUCUAUGGGAAACGAGUUAUAAGAUUCUAUGCUUCACAAAUAAGAAUAUUUCAUGAUACGAACAAGACAAUAUGAGCAUUUGCUAACUAUGUAAUCGUUUAAAGCCAAAUAUGUCCCGGGACCGUUCCUAAAGUUGUAACAUUUAGAGCACCUAUAACCCAAAACUGGAUAAUAAAUAAAUUUAGGACAGUACAUCUAAAUUAAAAGAUUUCGACUUUUCAGUUGGUUUGGUUCUAAUUUCUUAUUGAUACGAAUGCGAUCAUGUUUAUUGGUCUAAAUAUAGCAGUCAUAUACUUUUUUAUCUUUAAAUAGACUUUACACGAAUCCUAAAUUGUUUUUUUACCAGUUUAAUAAUCCGUGAACAUAUUGCACAAUUUUUUAUCUUUUUUUUUUCAGUGUGGAAUUUUCUUGUAAAACCGUUAUUGUCAGAAUUUGAAAUUCUAUUAACUAAAAUAUAAUUAAGCUCUUCUCAUUACAUGGAAAACGAGAAACUCUUCGAAGUGGUUUUCCAUUUUCUACAUCAAUACACGUUUACUUUUAAAGAAACGUCACUUUUCCAUCAUGUUCCCGCCAAAAAUCUUUCGCGGCAAUGUGUCACUGUCAACUAAUAAAAAAUCAGAAGCGCCAUUUCGAGCUUUCGUUCUUGGGAACGGUUCCAAUACACCCUGUAUAAUUUGACGUUGACUCCUGUUCAACUUGGUGUACAAGAGCGAGAUAGACAAUUAAAGAAAUAUAAAAUCUAAAUCGGAACUAUACAUUUUAUCCUAAGUGUCAACAUAUGCACGUAUCGAGAACUAAUCUACUACACUAAUCAUGUUUUCUUCGUGACACGAGGUUUCACAAACCAAGUUAAGAUUAACGGUAACAAGGCAUAUUAUGAAGAAUUAAAAUUAAUGAAACACCAACAAGUAUUCAUGUUUAUAUUUAACGAAAACCGGUAUUGGCGUGAAUAUUAUGUUAUGUAAUUAUAAGCCAAAUAUUUGCCAUAUAAUUAUGUGUAUAUUGUAUUUUUAUAUUUAUUUAGCUGCACUAGUUGGUUAUUUCUUGAUUUUUGACUGGUGGAAGCUAUUUAUAUGUAUGUAUUCUUUCCGAAAGCAUAUUACUCUGCAGUGUUUGCCUUCAAAUGCUUUAAGUAAGAGUAUUCAUGUCUUUCUAUAGGUAUAUUUUUGCAAUGUGCAAACACUCCGAACUUAGUCGUAUAACUCGUAUCAAUAUUUAAAUAACGAACAGUGCCUAGAGCGAUAUAUUUUCCAUUUUUUAUAAUAGCAAACCUUUUAGGAUACUGUUAAUGUUUUUUAUAAAACAUUGUGGCUUACACUAUUGUUAUAUUUUUCAAAUUUAGUAUAUUAUAAAUGCAUUUGUACUACUGUAACAUGUACCAUACAUGUAAUUUAUGAAAGUGUAAUUUUUAUACCAUUUUCAUAUUAAAACUCAUGUACCUAAUAAUAAAGUAUUUAGGUGUAAAUAUGUUUAAUAUAUUUUUUUUUCUAUGCAAAUACACUAACCGCUACGUUAUAAUUACUUUUGUAUAGAGAAUCGUAACAGCGAAUUUGCUGUUUUCGGUAUGGAUUGAUUUGUGUGCAUAAAUAAAAAGUGAUAUCUAAAAUCUAUGCUUUACAGAAAUUGUGAAAUAAACUUUGAUUAUAAAA